AUGUCCACUAAAUCUAUGGCCAAGACCAAGGUCCCAGAGGCACUGGGCGGCACCUAUGCUCUCUCCUGCAAGGAUUCGUCACACGCCGAGAUGGGUAGCGUCGGCAUUCUGUCCCGUUCCUCCGCCGAGGGCAGAAUCGACACCCUCCCCUGCUCCUCCGAGGGUAGCGUCCGCAUUCUGUACUGUUUCGAUAGGCACAGCUUCACCUCGCAAGUUCUCAGCAUUGCCUUUCGCUGUGCUUUCGGCGCCCGAACCAGCACCUUCGGGCGCCACGUCGGUAGCUCCGGAGCCAACACUUUCAGCCUCCGGCGCCACCGCGCCGUCGUCUCGGACUCUGUGUAUGGGUGCUCGUAUGUCAUCCACGAUAUCGGUGGCUCGGCGACCGAUGGCGGAGGCGCCUGGCUUGGCCCGACCAGAGGCAUCUUCAGCGCGCACCUGAAGUAA